UCUAGGUAACUGUACUUGAUACAUGCAGAGUGAAGAGCCUUACAUAAGUGGCCCGGAGACAGCCCUGCUGAUCUCGAUGCAUGGCCGGAACCGUCACUACGGACGUGGCGCAGGAUGUACAGUAAGUUUUGUCCGGCCCCCCCUUCCCUGAGGGCGGAAAUAGGUGAUUGGAUGGUAAAGGGUGGUUGCGACGAUGGAUUACGAUGGUCGACUCAGCUUUAAGACUGACAGAUGGCUGGACCCUGUGUGCCGCAAGGAACCCCAAGGGAGGGUUGGUGAGAAAUUACUAUCUUUAAACGUUGCCAUGUGUUGGCUCCGUGUUGUCGACCAGGUGAGGGGCCCCAGUUGGAUUGUUUGGUAUUGGUGCUGCCUUGUCGCCGGAGUUGGAGUUGGCAUUGCCACUUUCCAGGCGAGCCACGAUGGCAGAUGGGAAUGGAUGUGACGGGAAGAGUAAUG